GCUAGCGAGCGCAGUUACAGCCGGUGUCCUGCCGCCGAAGACUCAACAACCCCAGAUUUCCGCGCCCCAAGUCCUGGAAGCCGCCCAGUUCUCUGUGGCCUCCGAGAGCUCCGGAACCCCCAGCAGCUGCAGCUCCCCGGGCUCCGACGUCUAGCACCCCGGCGUCUGCGCUGGCACCAUGCUGCUCAAGUGUUGCUAUUUUGUGCCCCCGGGAAGCAGCCAGCCUGUUUGGAAGAAGCUCAAUCUCACCCGUUGUUCUAGCGGUUUCUUUUCCGGUCGCUGUCUGUUCUUACUGCUGUUUAUCAGCCUUCGUGCUGAGGCUGAGGUCAAGGAAGUCCAUGCCAUGGUGGGCAACGAUGUGAAGCUUGGUUGUGUUGACCCUCACAGAAGCCAUUUCAACUUGAAUGAUCUGUAUGUCUAUUGGCAAAUUGAUAACCUUAACGCUGUGGUGGCUUACUACCUGCCUAACGAGUCCCCAGGGAUCCAUGUGAACAGCUCCUACAAGAACAGGACCCAUCUGUCAUUGGACCACAUGAAGCAGGGCGACUUCUCUCUGCACCUGAAGAAUGUCACCCCUCAGGAUACCCAGGAGUUCACCUGCCGGGUAUUCAGGGAGUCUACAGUGUUAGACAAAGACUUGGAAGAGGUGGUCAGGCUGUAUGUAGCAGCAAACUUCAGUACACCUGUCAUCAGCACCUCUGGUAGCUCCGACCCUGGCCAGGAACGUACCUACACCUGCAUGUCUAAGAAUGGCUACCCAGAGCCCAACUUGUAUUGGAUCAACAGGACAGACAAUAGCCUGAUAGACAAGACCCUGCAGAAUAACACUGUCUACUUGAACGAGUGGGGCCUGUACGACGUCGUCAGCACAUUACGGAUACCUUGGACACCUCAUGUGGAUGUAGUCUGCUGUGUAGAGAAUGUGGCUCUCCACCAGAAUAUCACCAGCGUCAGCCAUGCAGAUAGUUUCACUGGAAACCAGGUCACAAAGAACCCGCAGGAACCGCACAAAGCGGAGAUGAGCACUAUUUUCUUCGUCCUCGCUGGAGUACUGGGGGCAGUGGCUGUCAUUUUCGUCAUGGUGUACAGAUACAGGCGUUCCCGCCGGAGCUAUACAGGACCUGGGACCGUACAGCUUGAGCUCACAGGCGAGUGUGCCUGCGGGGAGAAGCCGGUUGGCUGAGCUAUCCUGACCUUUCACACCUUUGGUUGGUAGUUUUCCAUACCUGAUGAUUCCAGAGAUGCAGAAACCCUGUCUUGUGGUGGAGACUUCUGGACCCUGCACAGCAGACAGUCUGUCAUAGGUCCCUCCUGUCUCUGCUCUGCAGGACCUCAUAGACUCUGUGACUCUGGCAGUCCAGAGUCCCUUGGUGGAGGUGUAUACUCUGUAGUUUCAAGAACAGUUGCAGGUGGAUUCCGUCAUCUCCAGAGGUGUGGAUUCAUAUCCCGAUUUUGGAAAAACAUCCACAGAGGUAUUUGGUUUUCCACAAGGAGAGCCCUGGCUUUAAGUACCUUUACUACCUCAAAGUGACUGUGCCUUCCCAAACCUGGCUUUUUCACGUUAGAGGCGGUAGUAUUUGUGGUCCUCUUGUGGAAGUGGGGCCUGUUGUUUGCUGAAACCCACCACCCCACUCCAGUGGACAAGCUAGUGUCAGACCACUUUGGAACAAACGAGUUCUGAGCCACCUGGUCCUAACCCAGUCACGUGACUGCGAUAAGCAACUGCUUCUAGUUUUUAGCCCUCUUUCUCCUCACCAGUCUGAGUCCCCGGAAGAAUCAUUUCAUUGUCUCCAAAAUUUAAACACUGAGCAUGGUUCGGUAGCGUGAGCUUGCCUGACAGGCGGGCAUGAGGAGGCAGGGCCUGCCUUCACCUUCCUCUCUCUUCCCUCCAAGACCAUGCCUGACAGGACUCUGCCCAGGAUGUGGACAGGGUUUCUGGGAGAUGCCACCUGGUGGAUGUCAGACAUAGCUUCAGAGUGGACUCCCACGGGCCUGGUGACAGAGGCAGACAAGGAGCUGUAGGCUUAUGGGCUGUGAUGGAGGACGGGAAUGUCCGGCUUUCUGAGAGAUGGAGGCUUCCUCCCAGAAACCCCGAGGGAGAUCUUUCCAGUGGACAGCAACAACAUCAUUAAAAUAUGAAGCCUCCAGUGAGCCGUCAGCACAGAGAGGAGCAGCUUGGGAGGAGAGCCUUCCCCCGGCACAUGACUCAGUCCCAGCAUCUUUUAUAAAAGGGCAUUUGAACCACUCUGAAAGCACCUACAAAAUCUACUGGAGACCGUUUCCCUGCGGGACCUUCAGAGGGGGAGGAAGUCUGACUUUAACUUCAGUAUCAAGCUACCUGGGCCUCCUAGAGGAUAUGUGGGGUUUUGUCUACAGAAAACCUGCUGCCGGCUGACAACGGUUAGGCUCAGAGGUUUGGGGCACUCGGCUUCGCAGCAUCAACAGGACAUGCCUCAAAGCAAAAUAUGGCCCAUGUGCCACAUACGGGGGCUUCUCCCUCAUCAUUGAAGGCCCUCAAGCCUGACUUCCUGUGGAUACAGAAUCUUCUUGAAAGCCUUGAGCUCAUUCAGAAUGUACAGAAAAUGGAGGGGACAACUCCACCCAGUCUCAGCAGCCCCUGAAGACCUCAACUCCAGCCUCCUGGGUCUCCACGUUGCUGGCCAGAAUAGAGCUAGCUGUUUUGUUUCUAGAUGGUUCUGCAAAGUUGACUGCAUGAAAACCCAGGUGUGCACAAGCUCCAGGUUGAUGCAUUAGGGGGCAUGGACUCCCCCAUGGAACACAGCAUCUGACCCUAGUUGAGGGCAAGCUCCUUCCUAUCCAGAGGCCUGGACUGUCAGGGCCUGUCUGCUGUGUGGCUGGGGCCCAGUGCUGACGGAUAUGUGAGAUCUCAGUAAUGAGGAGUGAGAACCCUGGGCUCAGGCUCAAGGGGACCAGUAUUAUGAAGAUCUAUGGUUUUUUUUUUAUGCACCCACAUGGACUUUUUAGUCUUCACAGUGACUUAUUCAAUGAGUGUAAAGGACAAACCACUUAAGUUCUUCCUGCAAACAAAGCAUUACUUACCUGUAGAAUACUUACCUGUAGAAUAGCAACUGUCGUUAUGGGUCUUGAGUUGGCAGCUACAAGUAAACAAGUACAAGGAGCGGCUGGGGGUGCAAGAAACUGGGGUACAGUGUCCCCAGGACAGAUGUUUGGGAGUUAAGGGUCUCCCUGAGGCCCACAGUUGCAGGAGACAGGCAUGCCUCUUGUGUCCCAGGAACCCAAGAGUCUGUGGCAGCCCAGUAGGGGUAUCCUGUCUACUUUCACUUUUGUCAGAGGUAGUUUAGGGUCAGAAAGAGGUCAAGCCAGUGAGCUAACUAGCUGCCUUGGGGCACUAGACCAGACACAACCCCCACUCCCGCCAGCCACCCCCCACCAGCCCCCCUCCCUGCUUAUGUAGGCAUUGGGAACCCUUCACAGACCCCUGGCUGUACAGUCACUGUCACCUGCUGAUCCCAGCAGGCCCCCACCUUCCCGUGGAAUCCUGGGAGCACGCCCCCCACCCCACCCCACAGCACAUCAGCAUUCACUAGACUUGCCCUGUAACCUCUGACUCCUUCAGCUCAGAACCUUGUGGUCAUUCUUUAAGUUGUAGAUGGGGCAUAGUGACUUCUAGAAACCUGAUAAGGGAAUAAAUAUAAGAUGUGCUUUC